AGUCAUGAUGCGAUUAACUUAUGACUUUCUUCUCCUAGAUGACUGUUACUAGGACAAGUGGUUACAACAUUGAUGAGGAUGUUCCAUUUGUCGAAUGGGGCUGGAAGGGCCAAGCGCAACAACGUUCCCCUGCAGGGACACUGACAUUUCAUCGAAACAGCAUGUGCGGUAUGAUCACUUCUAUUUUGAUCAGUGAAACAAUUUUAUGCUACUGUCAUAUGUUUGCACACAAUGCUCUUUUUGGGUGGCGGUGGGGGCUCAUAGGCAGAGAACUAGGGAACAGAGGUGUAUUGGUUUUGCAUUCAUACUGAAAAAUGUUAUGGACGCGUUUGUAGGAUCUCCUGCUAGAACUGUGGGUUGGCGUGAUCCUGGAUUCAUACAUAUAAGUUUCCUGAAGGAUUUGUGGCCAAAUGUGGUGUAAGUUUUUCUGGUGGUCUAUUUUUGUUACUUCCAUUGACAUGUACACCCGUUUUUGAGCUCUUAUUUGUGAACUUGCAGAUACACAUACAAGUUGGGUCACUUGUUACACGAUAGUUCAGUUGUUAUGAGCAAGCAAUAUUCAUUUAAAUCUCCUCCAUUUCCAGGACAAGAGUCACUCUUUUCUUCUAACACAAUACAAGUACUUCUAACUUUUUUCUUAAUUCUUUAUGUUGUUUCAGCAAGAGCGCGAUGGUUCAAAUGAAUAUGCUGAUUAUCAGCCAGGUUCACUUAUGACAACUGACACUCUUAUUAAGGACCUUGAUAACAUUGACGCGGUUUUCCUUAUUGGAGAUCUCCCCUAUGCAAAUGGAUAUAUCUCAAAAUGGGAUCACUUUACAGCGCAAGUAGAACCAAUAACAUCGAGAGUACCUUUCAUGAUUGCAAGUGGUAAUCAUGAAAGAACUUGGGAGAACAGUGGAUCAAUAUACAAUGGUCUAGAAUCAGGUGGAGAAUGCGGUGUACCAGCUGAAACAUUAUACUAUGUUCCUGCAGAAAAUAGAGCUAAGUUCUGGUAUGCAGAUGAUUAUGGCACGUUUCACUUCUGUAUAAUAGACACUGAGCAUGACUGGAGAGAGGGAUCUGAACAAUACAAGUGCAUCGAGCAAUGUUUUGCAUCAGCCAAUAGACAUAAACAACCUUGGUUGAUUUUCUCUGCUCAUCAUGUUCUUGGUUACUCGUCUAAUGACUGGUAUGCUAAGGAAGGCUCAUUUGAAGAGCCCAUGGGAAGAGAGCAUUUGCAAAAGCUCUGACAAAAGUAUAAGG